AUGGCUGCGCCAGAUGAUCGCAGCCAGAUGACCGAAUUCCAGGCGGGAGACCUCGGCAGCGAGGUGCUCCGGAGAUCCUCCUCCUCGCGCAUCCGGACGAGCGUUUUCCAGGUGGGGGACCUCGUCCAGAAUCUGUCGGUGAUCACCGUGCGCAGAGGCGAGAGCCUGGACAGCGAGAUCCUCGAGGAGGACCUGGAGAGCGGGACGUUGAUGAAGGUGUUGGAAUUGGGCGUGGGCCGCCGCCUGCACAUCGUCACCGCCGACGGCGAGCUGAGCGGCUGGGUCAGCACCGAGACCGCGAAGAAGAAACCCCUCCUCGAGCCAGCCCCCGCCGCGCCCUCUGGCGCCCGCGCCGCCCCGGCGGCGGGAGGCCCCCUGGCUCGGCCGGCCUGCAUGAAAGGCGGGCCGCCCUCGCUGUGGGCCACGCUGGUGACCGCCUGGAGUGCGAGUCUGGGCGCUUGCUGGUUCUGGGGCUGGACUCAAGCCCCCUGGGCUCCUUUCGUGGUGCCGCCCUCCUUCUCCGGUUGCGGCGCGGAAGAGACCUGCCACUGUUCCUGCGACCAGGAGCUGCGGCGCACCAUCGACUUCCAGGCGGCGCUGCGGUGCCUGUUGCUCGCAGGGUUGCUGGUGCUCGGCCUUGCGACGCCGACGGCGGGCGCCCUGGGCUUCUUCGCGGGAGCUUGCAGGCGCUGCCGGCGCGGCUCGCCUGAGCGCGCGGCUGGUCCUCAGAUCCUCGUGCGGAAUGAGAACGGCCCGCGCGGCUUCGACUGGCACCAUCGCGUGCUGCUCUUCAGGGCGAGCGAGGACAUCUGGAUCUGCCUCACCCCAGAUCACGAUCUGGUUCGGGUCAAGUUGCUGGACACACGCCAUGAGGUCAUCGACUCGGCGAUCAUGGACGACGACAACCGCGGCAUGGGCUUCGACCAGAAGGGCGUGGCGGUGCUGGAUGGCGAGGAGUUCUUCGUGCAGAAGAUCGCGGCCAGCAGCCUGCCUGACUUCAAGCGCGAGGCUCGCGCGGACUUCGGCGACCUGCGCACCCUGGGAGUCGACUUGUCGAUGUUGACCUCCGCCGAGCUCCUGGUGCGCUGGACGAAACAGACGAAGAUCGCUGUCGAGCGCAACCCGCGUCAUCCCGACUACAGCGGCCUGGACAUCGUGAUCUCAGCUCCCGUCAAUGCAGUUGUACGGGCGACGACGUCGAAGCCCAACACCUGGGUCACUGACCGCCUCAAGGAUCUGGAAGCAGCGUCGGAGGCAUCCGGCCACGCGAUCAACGGCAUGGACGCGGCGCGGCGGGCUGAGGCAUAUGGGGCGCGCCCGACUGACUUCACAGAGGAGUCGCCCCUCGCGGAGGUUCUCGAUUCUAGAGACCACUAUGGCAUGGAGCCCAAGAACUUGGCCAGCUUCGACUUCCACAGGGUCAAGAUCCUGCGCCGGGACCCCGACCUUCGGAAGCGGCUGCGCCAGCGCUCGAGCCAGCAGGGCCUGUUGACCCGGCGCCCGCUGCAGAAGGGGCACGCGGGCAUCUUCGCGGUCAAGAAGGAUGGGCCCCAGAGACUCAUCAUGGACGCCCAGGCGGCGAACAGGGCACGCCGUCUUCCGCCUCCUAUUCGUUCGGGGUCAUCGCGCUGCAUGGCGGACCUGGACCUCUCCGACCCCCGCUUGAGGGCCUCCGGCUUCGGCGGCCUGAGCUCGGGACCCCCGGCCAGCCCGACUGGGCUAAAGGGCGACGUCGGGGACUGCGUCUACAAUUUUACGGUCCCCGAGCUGGCCUCCCGGUUCGGCUUCGAGGACCGCUUCGACGCGGAGGAGUUGGAGAGCACGGGCUGCCUGCCCGCGACCAUCUGGGACGACGCCAAGGGCGUGGAGACCACGGCCGUCGCCCAUCGGGUGGAGAAGACGCUCGACGACGGCCAGGACCAUAUCAUGAAGGAGAUGCAGCCCGCCCCCACCCUGAGGCCAGGCAAGUGCGCGGCUGGCGCGCACGUUGACAACUUGCACGGGCAUUUUCUCCAGCGUUGGCUCGGGCACGUCGCGAACCUGAACCAGCUCUCCCCCGAGACCACGCCCGCCUCGAGCGCCUGCUACCGCUCCAUUGAUGAGGCGCUGGAGAAGCCGAAGCGGACGCGGCCGUCCGCGAAGUCGGAGAUCCGUUGCGCGAUGAACCUUCUCUUCUUGAUGGAGGCCGACCUCAGCGCCAAGUACUCGGACCAGGAGAUCCGCGAGGCGCGGAGGUGGCGGGAGCGCUGGCGGUACCGGGACGUGCCGCUGAUCGAGGGCCAGGCGUGCGAGGGGCUCGGCUACGUGCGGGCCGACGCGCCGGGCUUGGUCGCCGGGCCGCUGACCGCCUUCGGCAAGGCCCUGGCCAGGCGGAAGCGCGCGCCAGGGGUCCCCGCGCUGGCUGACGGCUGGACUGAUCGGCGCCGCCGCCAUUUGGUGUCGGCCGAGCGCUGGCGCUGGCAGGACGAGCACAUCGACCUGAAGGAGGCGCGCGCGGCCCUGACGGGGCUGCGGAGGCGCUGCCGAUCCGUCAAGCUGCUGAGCUCGAAACUGCUGACGCUGAGCGACAGCCGAGUCACCGUGGGGGCCUUCGAGAAGGGCCGCUCUAGCGCUGGUCUACAGGCCGCGCUCCCUUGGGCGGGCAGCCCGAGCGCUCCGGGGUUUGACCCGCGCGAGUUCCGCCAUGGGCUCCUCCGAGCGGCCAGCCGCGAGCCGCAGGCUGGAGGAUGGGCGCUACGCAACCAGGUCAGCGAGCGCCGCCCCUGUGACUUCCAGGCGGCUGACGCCAUCCUCGACGGGAACCCCUUCGCCCAGUUCGGCCAGGACGACCGUCCGCGACGCUGGCUGGCCCACCAGGACUGGCAGACAGCGGCCGCCGGGGAGGGGCGCGACUCGCUGGUCACGGCGACGGUCUCGAACGCGACCCUCCAGAGGUACGCGGCAGCCGUGCACGAGUUCGAGGUCUACGCCGAGUCGAAGAAGCUCGACCUGCAGCUCCUGCGGCUCAAGACGACGGGCAGGGUGGACUUGCCGAAGGCGCUGGCCUCGCUGAAGGGUUGGGCGAAACGCUCGCCAGGCCGCAUGCGCCUUCCCUUGCCCGACAUCAUCGUCGACGACACAGCGGUGGACCUGAUCGAGCACGACCGGCCGAUGAUGGCCGCCGCGGCGUCGCUGCAGACGGACACGUACACCCGACCCUCAGGGGUGGUCGAGCUCCGCCAGGGUCAGAUCCUGCCGCCCGCGCCAGCCGCGAGGCUUGGCGCGCACUUUGGCAUCGUCAUCGCGCCUUCGGAGUGGUACAAGGUAACCAAGACGGGAGGUCAGGACAGCCUCCUGGUCGGCGACGCGGCUCGCCCCUGGCUGACAAACGUCCUGUGGAUCCUUCGCCAGCCCAAGGCCGCCGACUCCCAAAGGCUCUUCACUUUCUCUUUGUCAUUGCUUGAUCGGGAGAUCAAAAAGGCCGCCGACCGCCUGGGCUACUCGCCCCUAGGAGUGUGCCCGCACGUUUUUCGCCACCCUGGUGCCUCCAACGACAAAGCACACGGAAGACGGACCUUGAAGGAGGUCCAGAAGCGCGGCCGUUGGGCAUCGUCUGCUUCGGUGGCCCGCUACGAGAAGAGCGCGGUCAUCCUCCAGCAGCUGCGAAAAGUGACGCAGGAGAAGAAGACGCGCGCGGAGGACCCGAGACUCUUGCGCGCCAGGGCGGAGCUGGACAAGGCGCGGGGCGCGGCCAGGCAGCUGGAGAGCAAGGCCAAGUCCGCGCAGGAGAUCUCGCGCAGGGACAGCGCGGAGCUGGCCAGGGCGCGGGCGCAGCUGCACAACGCGACGGCCCAGGCGCGGGCCGCAGCCCAGCACGCCGCCAGCGCGAGGCGGCGGGCCGAGGCCCUGGAGCGCGGCGCGCGCGAGGGGUGGCCCUGGGCCCGCGCGCAGCCCGGGGUUGCCGCGCUGGCCGGAGCUCUGGGGGCCGCGGGCGUGUUCGGCCCAGACGCGUUCGUGAGCCGCUACGCGAAGGCGGCCGGCGUCGGGGCCGGCAGCCUGCUCGUGAGCGCCAGCCUCGCCUUCGCGCUGGCCGGCGCGGGGGGCGGCUCGUACGCGGCGGCGGUGGCGGAGACGGCGGCCGGGCAGGCGCCGUGGGCGGCCUCCGCUGCGCUGGCGCUGCUGGGCCUCCUGGGAGCCCUGCGCUGGUUGACGGGCUUCGAGUGCCGGCUCGUGCGGGUGGACACGCUCGUCGUCUCCUCCGAGACCGGGGAGGUGCAGGCCACGCUCGGGUUGUAG